UAGCUGUCCCCUCCCACUAAUGCAGCAUCACCCUGUGAAUUACAUUAGGGUGGUUUUCCCCCCAGCCUCAGGCUUUGUUUGGGUUUGAUUGUGUUUGGCUCUUCGCUAAGCUGAUUUAUGCAGCAGAGCCCCAUCGGCUGGGGAGAAACAAAAGCUCUUUUCUUUGUCUGGGAGCGGACUGUGGAGCCCGAACUUGCUAGCCCCCGCGGGCUAUCGGCUGUCCAAGGAGGUGCUUUUGGUUGAGACUGCAAGCCCCGCUGUGCGGAGCUGGGAGGGCCUCAGGGGCCCUGAGAUGCAGAGAACUGCCUUGGCCCGCAUACCUGUAUCGCCUACUCAGAGCAACUGGGUCGGUCAACCCGGCCUGUCGAAAAGGUCCUAGGGAUUCUCGGCCCACGGGCCUCAAGGUGCGCUCCCAAGACGCGAGAGCGCAUUAGGCAAGCGACUAGGCAGCGGGCACGGGGCGGGCUGCUUUGCAUUAUGUGCGGCUCGGCCCUGGCUUUUUUGACUGCUGCAUUGCUCUGCCUGCACAACUGCCAGCGAGGUCCAGCCUUGGUUCUAGGGGCGGCCUGGGUAUUUUCACUUGUUCUCGGACUGGGCCAGAGUGAACACAAUAGAUGUGGCUCUGCAAAUGUGGUCUCCUGUGCCAGGUGCCUCCAGCUGGGUCCGGAAUGCGGAUGGUGUGUUCAAGAGGAUUUUGUUACAGGUGGAUCAAGAAGUGAACGUUGUGAUACUGUUUCCAAUUUGAUAAGCAAAGGCUGUCCAGUUGACUCGAUAGAAUACCUGUCUGUGCAUGUAGUAACAUCAAGUGAGAAUGAAAUCAAUACCCAAGUGACCCCGGGAGAAGUCUCAAUCCAACUGCAUCCAGGUUUGGAGCUGAAGUUAAUUUUAUGUUAAAAAUCCGUCCUCUGAAGAAAUACCCCGUGGAUCUUUAUUAUCUGGUUGAUGUGUCAGCAUCAAUGCACAAUAAUAUAGAAAAAUUGAAUUCCGUUGGAAACGAUUUAUCUAAAAAAAUGGCCUUUUUUUCCCGUGACUUCCGUCUUGGUUUUGGCUCAUAUGUGGAUAAAACUGUCUCGCCAUACAUUAGUAUCCACCCGGAAAGGAUCCACAAUCAGUGCAGUGACUACAAUUUAGACUGUAUGCCUCCCCAUGGAUACAUUCAUGUGCUGUCUCUGACAGAAAACAUCACAGAGUUUGAAAAAGCAGUCCACAGACAAAAGAUCUCUGGAAACAUAGACACCCCUGAAGGAGGUUUUGAUGCCAUGCUUCAGGCUGCUGUCUGCGAGAGUCAGAUUGGAUGGCGAAAAGAAGCUAAAAGAUUGCUGCUGGUGAUGACAGACCAGACAUCACAUCUUGCUCUUGACAGCAAAUUGGCAGGCAUAGUGGUGCCAAAUGAUGGAAACUGUCAUCUGAAAAACAAUGUCUACGUCAAAUCGACAACCAUGGAACAUCCGUCAUUAGGCCAACUUUCUGAAAAGUUAAUAGACAACAACAUAAAUGUCAUUUUUGCAGUUCAAGGAAAGCAGUUUCAUUGGUACAAGGACCUUCUGCCCCUUUUGCCUGGUGCCAUUGCUGGUGAAAUAGAAUCCAAAGCUGCAAAUCUCAACAAUUUAGUAGUAGAAGCCUACAAGAAACUCAUCUCAGAAGUAAAAGUACAGCUGGAAAACCAGGUCCACGGUGUCCAUUUUAACAUCACUGCCAUCUGCCCGGAUGGGACCAGAAAGCCAGGCAUAAGUGGGUGUGGAAACGUGACAAGCAAUGACGAAGUUCUUUUCAAUGUAACAGUUGUGAUGAAAACAUGUGACAUCAUAGGAGGAAAAAACUAUGCAAUAAUCAAACCUAUUGGUUUCAAUGAAACCACUAAAGUCCACAUACACAGAAGCUGCAGUUGCCAGUGUGAGGACCACAGAGGACUCAAAGGACAGUGUGUGGAAGCUGUAACAGAUCCCAAGUGUCCACAGUGUGAUGACAGCAAAUGUCAUUUUGAUGAAGACCAGUUUCCUUCUGAAACUUGCAAGUCACAGGAGGAUCAACCUGUCUGCAGUGGCCGAGGUGUUUGUAUCUGUGGGAAAUGUUUAUGUCACAAAACCAAGCUUGGAAGAGUGUAUGGCCAGUACUGUGAGAAGGAUGACUUCUCCUGUCCCUAUCUCCAUGGGGAUGUGUGUGCUGGGCACGGGGAGUGUGAAGGUGGCAGAUGUCAGUGCUUUAAUGGCUGGGAAGGAGAUCGUUGUCAGUGUCCGUCAGCCUCAGCACAGCACUGUGUCAACUCCAAGGGUCAAGUGUGCAGUGGGAGAGGCACCUGCGUGUGUGGCAGGUGUGAGUGCACAGAUCCCAGAAGCAUUGGCCGUCUCUGCGAGCACUGCCCAACCUGCCAUCUCUCCUGCAGUGAAAACUGGAAUUGUCUGCAGUGCCUUCACCCUCAUAAUCUGUCUCAGGCUGUCCUUGAUCAGUGUAAAUCCUCCUGUGCUGUCAUGGAACAGCAUCAUGUGGACCAAACAUCAGAGUGUUUAUCUGGCCCUAGCUAUCUGCGAAUAUUUUUCAUCAUAUUCAUAGUCACAUUCUUGAUCGGGUUGCUUAAAGUUCUUAUCAUUAGACAGGUGAUACUACAGUGGAAUAGUAAUAAAAUAAAGUCCUCAUCAGAUUACAGAAUGUCUGCUUCCAAAAAGGAUAAACUAAUUCUGCAAAGUGUUUGCACAAGAGCUGUAACCUACCAACGAGAAAAGCCUGAGGAAAUAAAAAUGGAUAUCAGCAAACUGAAUGCUCAGGAGGCUUUCAGGUGCAACUUCUAAAGAAAGAUUAACAGACAAACAACAAACAAAAACUGUUGGAAGCUGGAUACUUUUACACAAUUUAUUCUAGUAAGUAUAAUAUAAAAAGUCACAGGAGGAGACAAAUUAUUGAAGAUUGUGCCAUGAAGACUGGCAAGUAUCUUCACAACCAUGUGACUCACUCAGCUGCUGAAGUUUUCAGUGAACUAUGUGUCUUACUACUGUUGGAGACUAGUGUUGUAGCACUUUAUGUAAUAUAUAACUUAUUUAGAUCAGCGUAGAAUGUAGAUCAUCUGGAAAGCACUGAUUACACUUUACAGGUACCUGUCAGCCCUGCGCUUCUCAGAUAGACACAGGCUAUGGAGUAGGUUGCUUGGUGUCACCCCCACAAAGUGGUGAUCCUUGUGCACAACCUGCUGAUGAAAAUCAUCCAGGAAUAGUUGAAAGCAGUUAACUACACCCCAAAAUUGGCAUUGUCUAGAUAAGCACAACCAGCUGAGCAAGGAUUUGGGUUUCAUUUCAGUUGGGGGUGAACAGAUAAACUUUAAUCUAAGUGGUGUUGCUUUUGAAGCUGUGCAGUUUUGUGCAUGCACGAGUCUGUUUCUUCUCUUUUGAAGCUGUGUGGUUUUGUGCAUAUACCAGUCUGCUUUCUUCUCUUUUGCAAAAUGGAUUUUGACUCCAACAUCUUUUCCUUUUUUCAUUUACAUUCUGUUUUUCUUCCUUUGGAAUAAGUUUAUAAUGUCACAAAUGACUGGAUUAAAUAAGUGCUAAGUUACUACUGCCAUAGAAACCUAUAUGACAAUGUCACUUUAUUAGAAUACUGGUUUUUAAAGCUGAAUGUUAAUAAGGUCACUGUAAGGUGUCAUCUAAGUCCAUAGCUUCUUUGUCUGAAGAUAGUUUAUAUUUUCUUACCUGUCAAACUGGAUGGAUUGUUUCACUCUGUCGUUGAUCUGACCUGUAGCCUAAAAUCCACAAGGUGUUCAAGGUGUCUACAAAACUGCUUCGAGCAGAGUACCCUCUUUUCUGAGUAUGUUCACUUGAGUUUUACUCCAAGUUGAUGUCAACAUUUUCAAAUGGAAAGUUGUAUUAUUAUUGCCUUCCUGUGCACCCUAAGGACAUUCCUUGAAUCAUCCCAAUCCUCCUCAUGAGAAUUCACAAAGGUAUAAAAUUGGAGAAGUGAGGAUAAUAUCUUGGAAGCAAGUUAAUUCCCCUCUUUUUGUUAGCCAGGGAAUGGAGGCUCAGAAAAUUAAAAUGGUUUCACAAAAACACAGACUCAGUGAAAUGACAGUAUCAGAGAAGAGCUGCCUUCCAAUUCCAGGCCAGCAUUGGACAAUACUACUCUACCUCUUGGAUAUGCAAAAUAUCCAUGGCAAAAUUUAAAAUACAAUUCAUUGAAGUCCUCAGUAUUUUUCAUGAGAUUAUUUCAAAGCAAAGUACAAAAGGUACAGUGCAUAAGCAGCUUCUAGUUUUUCCCAUUAGCCGCCUUCUGAUAAGGCUUUGGUGCAGCCCUUCCCUCCACAGUGGCUACAAGAACAAGCCUCCUGGAACUG